AUGGAAAAUUCAUCACAAUUUCUUGACAAAGAUUUAAGUUUUUCAUAUUUGGAUGGAGACGACAUCAUGGAAUUGGUGGACAGUGCACUCCUAUCAUUUGGUAAUUUGAAACCAUUGACAUUGUUGGAUGGUACCUCAUCAUCAUUUGUCAACGCUCCACAAAAGGAGGAUGGUAGUCAAUCAUCUUUGGCUACCAACUCUUUACCAUUGGACAAUGGUCAAUCAUCUAUUUCUUUAAAGAUCUCUCGUCAAAACAAGAGACAAAUGGAAUUGGUACCAAGCUUCAAUGAGCUUGAUAGUGUUGAACCAAGCAAAACUUUUAAUAUUCAAAAUGAUAUCAUUUCGCCCAUUAAGAAUGGUAAGAUUGUGGAGGGAAUGACAAAGACUAAAAAGUAUCUCAAUACUUGGCACAUUGCCAGAGUUGUUCAAGUGGACUCGCCAAAUCAAAUGGCAACACUUGAAUAUCUGGAAGAUAGCUCUCUGGAACAUCUGCCACUGAAUCGAAUAAAACCAUUUUAUGAAGACGAAAUCAAUAUAAGAUUCCGCAAAGAUGAUAUGGUCAUUGUAAACAUUGGUUCCCAUUAUUACACUGGAUUGGUCGUGCAAGUUUAUAAAAAAGGCUAUCGAGUAAGAAUUCCACACUUGAAAAAAUGCUUUUCAGUUGCGGAAGAAAAGACUUUUUAUUAUUAUCAUUUUUAA